UAUCCUGUGACCAUACUCUAUGAACAAGCCGGCGGUCAAGAUUCAAGAGGCAUAGAGGCGCUCGCGCUCGGACAAAUUGGGAGACUUGAUACCGAGCAUCACCACGUUGAACGUCGCCUUGCUUCCCUAGAUUCUGACUCGAACAACGACUCUGGAUCUACGACAUCUAUCAUAUUACACUUAGAACUCAAGAGCCUCAAGAAUUUG